UUUAGUUUAUUUUGGUUCGUUUAUUUAUGUUUAUUUUAACCUGAAGAAAAAAUCACAAUGCUUAAAAAGUUUUAAGAUUUAUAAACUCAUGUAUACACCGCCCAUUGCUCAUUCUUUUCUGUCUACCCUGGAAAUCAUAAAAACGUAAUGUCUGGUUCAUAAACAUAACAAAAUUCACGCUCAGCAACAAAAUUUCUAAGAAAGUAUUUUUGUAACUCCAAAAAAUUGGCAUCGCUGCAUUUCAUAUUGUUCUUUAUUCUUAGCAGCGUUGGGUUUGGAACGCAAUGCUGAUGUAUUACUUUUGUACGUCAAUUAUGUACGUAGAUACCUACUCCUACAUUUCGUGAAUCACAUUUCUUUUUAGAAUUUACGUACAUUUUGUGAAUAUUCUUAUCCUUUAUCAGUACUUUUUCUUCUUGUUCGAUCAAUCUUAUAAGGCCGUUUGGUGUGCAUUUCUUAUAUUAUGUUUUUUUAAAUAUUUUCUCUUAUCUUCCACUUCUGCUGCGGCUAAGUAGCGAAUGCCGAAAUAAAUCAAAUCAAAAAGAUCUUAUAACAUUCUUAACGUCUUCCUUCCUUUAUCCGUGUUUGUGGUCGUCAUUAUGUCUUUGUCGAUUCCUUCCGAUCAGCAGUUAUUACUACACUCAAUUCUUUCUUUUGCCUAUCCCACAAUUCAUUCACCUUUUAUUUUACCUCUUACACUAACAACCGUAUUUCAGUUUUCUGUAAGAUCGAUUUUGUAUCCUGCUCCUCCUACAUUCAUGCAUCCACCAACUUCCUUGAUGUUUAAUCAACUUGUGCAGUCGUCAGUUCAGUCACUCUUAAACUACAUAAUAUAGAUCAGACAUACAUUGUUAAAGAAUUUGAUAGAUAGCGUCGAAAACUAAACCAAGAUAUAUUAGUUUUCAGUGUCACUACAACUAGAAGCUAUUUGACACAGAAUAACUCCAAAAGUGCUAAAAAGUGUUAAUAAAAAGGGACUUAAAUCAGUCAAAAUGAUGACUAUAAGCGAAAAUCACUAUUCUUCGAACAAAAUGUCGAGUUUGUACAAGAUCAACGAUAGAGUGGUGCAUCGGGAUAGCUUCGGAGACGUCCAGAGUUCGUCCAGUCGGAACAGUGAACUGCUUACGAAGAGGGGAUUCAAGCCAUCCGACAUGUUUGACCCGAAAAAAAAAGAGUUUCUCACAAACCUCAGUUAUAAAUUGUUCCCUAAUGAUGUGGAGGUACCAGCUAACGCAACAACUUUGCAGCAACUGGAGGAAAUGGAGAACAAGCCCAUCAUAGUGGGCGACAAGGAGGUGGACCUCAACAAGAUCUUCACGCCGGCGCCUGAUGCUGAGGAGCAUCUCAUAAAGAAGGAUAAGAAAUUUGAGAAGACAUUCGCAUCAUCAGCGUUUUACGUGCCCGGCGUCCACCCGACUGUGAAGGAGCAAAUGGACCUGGCCCGAGCCAUCUCCAAGUCCUUGAGCGACUCCAGCAACCACACCAGCCGCGGGCAGAGCAUGUACAUCAACAGAAAGAAGCGCUCCGUCAAGUGGGUGCACGAGGGAAGAGGUCGCAACACAUCAAACCUGUGCUCUACACCGACGCCGGUAGCCAACCACGACACGGCAUAUCGCCCGCCAUCUAGUCUACGCAACCAGAAAACCUACCCCAAAUCCGCUCUCAAGAACAGCCCGAACAGCCUACCCAGAAUGGAGCCUUUCCCAGUCUCACCACCAAUAAUUACUUUGCAAAAUAUCGAAAUUCCAGUUCCUAUGGCUCCUACGAAGUUGAACGAUGUCUUUGCAGCGCCAAAAAGUCCUCGUCUUCCGUUGGUCCAAGGCCCGAAUUUCAAUGUUGCGCCGCGCGGUUGGGGAGAAAUGGCAAAUUAUUACCGACCUGUAUCGCUAGAUGGCGUUGGCAAGGCCGCCAUGCCGUAUACUGAUUAUUGAGAUUAUGUUUAUCAUCGAUUCGAUUUAAUUUGAAGAUAAUUUAGUGAUUUAAAAAUGGGUUCGUUGACUGGUAAUUCUUUAUGCUUAUUACGUUAUCCUGUUUCUCACGAAGUUCGCUUGCCUAACCUAAAGAUUUGUCAGGCCCGGCUUUUUGUAAAAGCGACUGGCUGUCUGGCCUUCCAAACAGUUGAACGCAUAUUGUUCUUUCCGUGUUCACGCAUUAGACAUGGUUAUGACGUAUAACGUUGAUAGAAUCAUCAGCCAAUAAUCCAGUAGGACAGUAAAGUAAAUUAUAUAUUAGAAAGUAAUUAAACUAUUAAAGUGUAUAGUCAAUACCUAAUGUACGGUAAAACCUUAAGUGGCUCUUUCUUUGAGGACCAAUCCUAUCUUAGGGGAUUUCCAUACAUUUUACUCCAUAUAUCUGUUGUAAAAUAUUGCAUAAUUGAACACAUAACAUACAUAACAUAAACUGCCUAUAUACGUCCCACUGCUGGGCACAGGCCUCCCCUCAAUGAACCGGAGGGGGUAUGGAGCAUACUCCACCAGGUAAACAUAAUCUCUCGCCUCUCCUCAAUCAAAUGGAGUGGUAUGGACCAUAUUUAUUAUAGUACACCAUGCUACUCCAGUGCGGUUUAAAGCAUUGAUAUACGUAUAUAAAAUAUUUUAAGUAAAUAUUUAUUAUUUUAUUUCUACAGUAUAUAUUUUUAUAAAUCAUAUUUUUGUACAUUUAACAAUAAAAUGCCUUUUUUUAUUAUUUAAGUACUAUUUGUGUAUGUUAUUAUUUUUAGGUAUAACGUUUUGUUACUGUUUCUUUUAUAUAUGUAAGUAAGUACCUAAUUAUUUAUUUAUAUUUAAUAAAAAUAAAUCAAUAUUUUUCUUCUAUCGUGUGGGUUGUGAGGUGAAUUACCAACCUCAUUAAAAAAUAUAAUAAUAAUAAAUAAAUAUUUAUAAUACUAUUAUUACGUCGGUCCCUAAAGAAAGAGCAUUCAAUAAGUAUUUUUAUUGAAUUUUAUUGUCAUCAAUGGCAUAUCGGUAUGGUGGCCAAGUAAAUUUAAUUUUAGGGAUAAGUUAGGAAAGUUAGAAACAGUAGCGGUAACAUCUUUUUAAAAUAUUCUAUGUUUGUAUUAUAAUUGUAAUGUUUUUUUAAUUAUUAUUUUCUUCGUUUACUCCUUUGUUACUCAUUUUAUUUACGCCAUCUAGUGGUACCGGUGAAACUGCCAAUGUUUUCUUUUUACCCAAUUUUAUUUUAAUUCCAACAAAGCGAAGCAUUUUUGCAAAUAUUUUUAUUUUAAAUUAUUCUUUGUUUUUACAAUGUAACAAUUUAGUCUUUUACUAGUCAACAGUAGUUGUAUACGCGUAUUUAUUUUCUUGUAAUAACUUAAAUAAAAAUGUUAUUCUUAAAAAUUGAUAUUAUUUAGGAUAAGAAAUGAAUACUCAGUAGAUAUAUUUUAUUAAAUUGUAUAAUUUUAAAUAUAAACUAACUUAUUUCUGUGAUUUUUAACCGUUGUAAAUGAAUUUUAUUAUUGCUAUAUCCUGAUUAUUAUUCAAAAAAUAUUUAUGAAAGAAAUAUAAUAAAAUACUUAUAACACAUGUAUUGUAUGUGUUACUAAGUUAUUAUAAAUAAGCAUGCAGGAUUUUUUUGGAUAUUUGCAAAAAUAACGACCUGGUGCGAAAUAAUUUGGAUUUUUUAAAUUAAUAUUGUAUGAAAUAUGGAAAUGUCUGUGUCUUCAACAUUUAUUUAUAAUGAAAUAAAAAUCUAGUUUAUAAAUAAGUUAGGACAGUUAAGUGUAUUUGUGAUUGUGAUGUUUUGUGUAAGUGACAUAAUAAACUUGGUGUAAAAACGA